UGCAUCUUCCCAAUUGCAUAAAGACACCAAAGCACUGCCAACCACACUGCAAAGUGAAUGAUGGCAGCGAUGACGUUGUUCAUCUUCAUCCUCCUCGGCUCCUCGUCUCUUCUGCAUUGCCUGGAGGAAAAUGGAGCGUCCAAUACCACAUCCAUGUUUGUUUUUGGGGAUUCCUUAGUUGACAAUGGCAACAAUAUAUUCUUUGCAGGUUCAACAGCCAAAGCCAAUUAUCCGCCUUACGGCGUUGAUUUUGGCUUUCCGACAGGAAGGUUCAACAAUGACAAAACAGUGGCCGAUGUUCUUGGACAGCUUCUGGGCGUCCCCAAUUUACUACCUUGCUUCACUAACCCGAGCACCAAAGGACGCAUGAUUCUAAGUGGAGUGAACUAUGCUUCAGGAUCUUCCGGCAUUCUUGACUCAACCAAUUUCAGUGAGGAAGUGAUACCAUUCAACCAACAAAUCAGGAACUUUGAGGCAAGAACUCUGCCCGAACUAAGGUCCCUCCUUGGAAAGGAUCUUUCAUCUUAUCUCUCACGGAGUAUAUUUGCGAUUAAUACCGGCGGAAAUGAUUAUGUAUGGGGUUGUUUUUUCCGAGCUGCCUGCUAUCUGCCGGAAUUCACGGAGGAACUUCUCGGCAGGUUCACGCAGCAACUAAAGUGGCUGUAUGGUCUGGGAGCCCGGAAAUUCGCGUUACUGUCCAUCCAGGUGAGUGGCUGCACGCCGUUAGCAAGAUCAACAACUACAGACGGCAGCUGCAACGAAACCUACAAUUUGGCAUCCAUGCAAUUCAACAUUCGCCUCAACGCCUCAAUCGACACGCUAACCAGAGACAUGCCCGGCUCCCAUGUUGUUUUUGCUAACAGCUACAAAAUCAUGAGCGAGAUGAUACAUUCUCCCGCCGAUUACGGACUCACGGUGGUUGACAAGCCUUGUUGUGCCGUAUCGAGUGCGCAGUGCAAGAAGAAUGGCAGUGUUUGUGAAGAUAGAAACACAUAUCUCUUCUUCGACGACGGCCAUCCUACCAAUGCAGCAAACUUGAUCCUCGCGAGAAGGAUAUUCUUAUCGGACUCCAAGUCCGACGUCUAUCCCUUCAACGUCAAGCAGUUAGCCGACCUCUCCCCAGACUCAAGCGGUGCAGGUUUAAGCUCUGAAGCGCCAAAGAUGGACAUGAUUAAUGAAUUGAGUGUGGAGUGAAGAUCUCAUCCCAUGGCCGCAAUUGGUUUUUUGCUUUUAUCCCUUAAAUAAAUGCGAGUAGAUCCAUCUUCAGGUGAAUCGGUUCGGUUCUCGUUCAAUGCCCAUAUUGGAUUUUGUAUUUUGGUGGAUGAGCAUGGGAAGAUUCGAAUGAGUGAACGUAUGCUUCUUUUUUCUUGGUGCAAUUAUAGAGAACAAAUUUUUCUUAUUAAUUUCAAUACUUGCUACAUCUCUAAGGUUCUGUCGACAUUGAAUGAGUGAAGGAAAUUUUCAAGUCUCUGAAUUUUUUAAGA